GAGAGGGGGAAAGGGGGCAGAGUCACUUUUCAGUGAGCAGAAAAAGGUUUUAAGGGCAUUUGUAGAAACAACCUACAGCGCCUGGGCUGUGCUGUUCCUGUGCCCCUGGAGAAGUGGCUUUUCUUCUUUACUUGUGACUGCUGGAAGAAAAAAAAAACAAAACCAACAAACAAAAAACCCCCAAACCUAGCACUAUCAUUUUUCUUGUGCAAUUUUUUAAAUUUGCAACAGAUUGUGGCUUUUUGUUUCCCUUUAAAAUAACACAGCCCACCGUGUCUAGCAGGAGGAACCGCGGGUAGGCUCCACGCCUCUGGCCAUGCUCGCUGCGACCUGCAACAAGAUCGGCAGCCCCAGCCCCUCGCCUUCCGCCCUCUCGGACAGCGCGUCCUCCUUCGGCAAAGGCUUUCACCCCUGGAAACGCUCCUCCUCUUCGGCCUCGGCGAGUAGCUGCGGCGCCGUGGGCUCCGGCCUCCCGGGCUUCGGCGUGGCGGGCGCGGCGCGAAACGGCUCCUCAGCGGCGGCGGCGGCGGCAGCGGCAGCGGCGGCCGCCCUGGUCUCGGACUCGUUCAGCUGCGGCGGCUCGCCGGGCUCCAGCGCCUUCUCUCUCACCUCCAGCAGCGCGGCGGCAGCCAGCUCGCCCUUCGCCAACGACUACUCCGUCUUCCAAGCGCCGAGCAGCGCCGGCGGCGGCGGCGGCGGCGGAGGCGGCGGCGGAGGGGCGGCGGGACAGGAGGCGGCGGCGCACCAGCCCGUCUUCAUCUCCAAGGUGCACACGUCGGUGGAGGGGCUGCAGGGCAUCUACCCGCGGGUGGGCAUGGCGCACCCCUACGAGUCCUGGUUCAAGCCGUCGCACCCGGGGCUCGGUGCCGGCGAGGUGGGCUCGGCGGGCGCCUCCAGCUGGUGGGACGUGGGCGCCGGCUGGAUCGACGUGCAGAGCCCCAACGGGGCGGCCGCGCUGCCCGGCUCGCUGCACCCGGCGGCCGGCGGACUCCAGACCUCGCUCCACUCGCCGCUGGGCGGCUACAACUCGGAUUACUCUGGCCUGGGCCACUCGGCCUUCAGUAGCGGCGCCUCCCCGCACCUCCUCAGCCCCGCCGGGCAGCACCUCAUGGAUGGAUUUAAGCCGGUGCUGCCCGGCUCCUACCCGGACUCGGCCCCCUCGCCGCUGGCCGGCGCCGGGGGCUCCAUGCUGGGCGGCGGCCCCGCCGCGCCGCUGGCCGCCUCGCCGCGCUCCUCCGCCCGCCGCUACUCGGGACGCGCCACCUGCGACUGCCCCAACUGCCAGGAGGCCGAGCGGCUGGGGCCGGCGGGGGCCAGCCUGCGCCGCAAGGGGCUGCACAGCUGCCACAUCCCCGGCUGCGGAAAGGUCUAUGGCAAAACCUCGCACCUGAAGGCGCACCUGCGCUGGCACACGGGCGAGCGGCCCUUCGUCUGCAACUGGCUCUUCUGCGGCAAGCGCUUCACCCGCUCCGACGAGCUGCAGCGGCACCUGCGGACCCACACGGGCGAGAAGCGCUUCGCCUGCCCCGUCUGCAACAAGCGCUUCAUGCGCAGCGACCACCUCAGCAAACACGUCAAGACCCAUAGCGGCCCUGGAGGCGCCGGGGGCCCCGGCGGCGGCGGCCCCGGCGGUGGUCCCGGCCCCGGCGGUAAGAAGGGCAGCGACACCGACAGCGAGCACAGCGCGGCCGGCAGCCCGCCCUGUCACUCCCCGGAGCUGCUGCCGCCCCCCGAGCCCGGCCACCGCAACGGCCUGGAGUGACGGGCGGAGGCGCGGGGCCGUCGCGCCCCUCGGCCCGCCGUCCUCCCGGCCGCGCAGCGCCCCCGGGCGCGCAGCCCUGCGGCGGGGACGCGGACACGUAAGUAGCCGCCGCGGCUCCGCAAGAACCGCUCUCAGCCUCGCGGCCGCUCCGCUGCCCGUCCAGAGCCCCGCCCGGGCCGGGCGGUGCGGCCGGGCCGCGCAACCCCCGCGACGGGGGCAGGGGAGCGUUUGGGCAAGGGGAGGGAGCCGCGACCCGCUGUGGGGCAGCCGAGCCACCGCCUCCCUUCCCCUUCGCCUUGAGACGCCCCCGCCUCUUGUUGCUUUUAGAGAGGACCCCCCCUCCUUCUCGUUCCCUCUCGCUUUCCCGCUGGAAACCGGCCCGUCCCCUCUCCCUCAGCCAUUAGAGCCGGUACAGCCGCGGCGCCCCGGCGGGGCGGGCGUGCGGGCCGGGGCUGCCCCGCGGCGGGGCCUCCGACGGCAGCGCAGUCAGCCGCGGUCCUUACCCCGAGCUGAGACUCAGACCUGCCCUCGCCUCGUUAACUGCUCGAAGCCCGUCUGCUUCUCGGGACCGGAGCGGCAGCGUGCUAAUAUUUCCCGUUCCCCCUUAUUUUUUUCAGUUUUAGAGAAUCGUUUAUCUCCCCGAGUCCAAAUUUCACUGCGUUUGCCAGCGCAUUUGUAUAAUUCUCGUUUGAGCAGGAAUCGCGAAAUACGUUGAAAAUAAUUAGGUUGAAAGUCGUAUAUUUUUUUUUAAACUCCAGACGAAUGAAGAAGCAUCGUGGGUUUCAAGCAAAGAUGUAUUUCCAAUGCCAAAAAGGGAGGCUGGGGGGGAAUAGGAAAAUAAAAUAUUUGUAAAAUAUGUCUGAACCUAUAGGUUUGUACCACUGGGGAAUCGUUCUAGAUUAGCUAACAAUUAAAUAAAACUCCACCAAUGUAUCGGUGUGAGGUGCAGUUGUCCAGGAGACGAUUUUGUAUAGUAUUUUUCUUGUAAAUUACUUCCAGUAAAUAUUUGAAAAUAUAUUGAAGUACACUUGAGCUUUUUUUAUUUUUUUUUUUUUAAAUUUUAUUUCUUUUCCUGUCACAAAAAAACAUUCUUUUUGCAGUCCUGGUUCACUGCAUUCUUUUACUGGACUCGUUCCUUGAAGCGUAUAUCAAAUCACACUUCAGGAUAUAGGUUUUGCUUGAAUAUUAAUUUAGGUAGGCAUACAACUGUAAUUAAGCAAACAAUAUUUGAUAAAUGUUGAAUGACAUUUAAUUUAAUGGAGCAUGUACUUAUUUGCAUUUGCUGGCAGUUCAGGUAUAGUUAUGGUGAGAGUUCUCCUAUAUUUCAUAAACUGGGUUUGCCACGACCCAUGUAUUAAAUAAACUGUCCAAGUGAAACUGAACUAACGUUGGCCUAUGUGUAUUUCCUGAAAAUAAUAUUGAUAAAUGUUAAUAAACACUCCUGAUACUACAUUAGCAGUUUGCAAUGCUGCAAACUAAUUGUCUCAUUGUAAUGUUGAAAUAAUUUGGAUAUUUCACAUUGAAAUGAAAAGCCCUUCGCUGGAACAUUUUAGAUUUGCAUUUUAAAUGCAUGAAAUGUAAUUGAUUUUUAUCUGUAAUAUUUUAAAUGGUAUUAAUAAACUCCAGAAGAACAUUCUACCUUAGGUCAGACAAUUGUUUUUCUUCUUUGUAAGUCCAUCAUGACAAUCAACGAUUUACUUUGAACUCAUAGGGCAUGAGUCGUUCCCUAGAGCUCCAGAGAAAAGUGAAAAUACAACGAAUGUAAAUUGUAGCACCAAUGAGAUCAACUUUGAGACAUUAAAAUGAAUAAGUUGGUGUUCUCUUUCAUGCCUUUUACGAAGCACUGGUAGAGGAAACUAAAUGAAAGACUUUUUUUUUUUUAAUUAUUUUUAUCAGACUAAUAGUACAGUGCCUCUCACAAAGCCCAGUGUAUUUGAAGAGCUGCUUUGCAUAUGUCUCCUCCUUGGAAUUAUUUUUCACGUCGCGUCAGAGUCAUUGUGAAAGGAUUUAAUAUUGAAAUACUGAGGGUCAUUAUUUCUUUAAAAGACAAAAUAAAAAGUGGUCCUCCGCUUUUGUUUUUACGUCAGGUGGCUGUGGCUAGGAACAAUGCUAAUUGCUGUAGGUAGCGCUAACUUCUGCAGGUCUCAGGGGUGAGAAACUUCGCGGCUGUGUGUGAAAACUCCCUUCUCCUUUGGGAGUGUUUUUUCUGCCGAACUGGGAAUCUGGGCAAUUUCAGGAGCUGGAGGAUGUUGCCAGUCAGCCGGUCUAGCACCGCUGGCCUUGCUGUGUCCUUUAAAUCCUUUCCACAAGCUGUCCCUGAACAAAAAUAAAAACACUAUUGCGAGUGUCUUUUGUACUGGUAGCAUUUGCUUAGCGUUUUGGAGGAAAAACAAAAAACCCAAAACAAAACCAAAAUCCCAAACCAACCAAAAACCACCACCAAAAAAACCCCCAACAAACCCCAAACCCUCACCAAACCCUCAAUCUGCUAACACUUUCUCUCAACUUUUUUUUUUUUUUUUUUUUUUUUUUUUUUUUUUUGAGAGGGAAGAGGCAUGUGGAGAAUGCAUAGUUCUUAUUUGGAAAUUUGGCCUCUUGGGUUACACAGACAGGCGAUGUUCACUGUCAAUAUACUGAAAAAUCAGGGAUAGAGCAUGGAAUUUGCAUGGCAGAAAGAUCUUUGUAGAUCAUAUAUGUAGAACAUGUUGUUAGUAGUAACUUAAACAGCAGGUAUUAAACUGCAGAGCAAAAAGCACAGACAAAUCAACUCCAGAUGCAGUCAAGAUUUUGGUCCUCUGCAUGGUGUGGGAGUUACAAGGGGCUGUUAACAUCCACUGGAAACGAGAGCUGUUCUGGUUGACUUUUUCUGAGCUGCGUUUUGAUUUUUUUUCAUUACAAGUACAACCAUCAGAAGUCUGCAAAGUCUCCUACUGAAUCAAAGCAACAGUUUGCUCUGAUUUUUUUUUUUUUUUUUAAUGCCACGUAAAUGAAGUGGCUAACAGCACCUGAUUUCCCCAGUGGGAGUCAGAGGCAGUGGUUAUGUUACCUGGAGGUUUUAGUCUUGAUCGAAUGGGCUGAACACCUAAUAAAAAGGAUAAUGGAGCAGUGGAUAACUUUUUAUACUGCUUCUCUGAUAUCCCGCUGAAAAGAGAGCGCUGUCAAAAUGCUGCUAUCCGGGAACUUUAUGGUUUGUUUAGGGCACUGGUUACUCUGUCUCGGGUCAGUCUGGCAGUGGGAUAGAACCAGAGACAAAAUGCAGCCUUCUCUUAGGAAUGAACAUGUGCUUCUGCCGUUUGGAAGCUGCCAGUUUGGAUCCGGGCUGUGUGAACACACAUCUUUUUCCUUUCUUUAAACAGCAAAACCCAGCACUUGAAGUCUGAAUAGCUCCUCUUUGUAGUGGAUUUACUCUUACUAAACCCUUCCAGAUAAGGGCAUUGAGUUGUUUGAUAGGAGCCGGGAACUUGUCUCUGCGUUGUGCAGAUCAAGGUAGAGUUAAACUAGUUCGCUGACCUACAGGUCAAACCAGUGUCCAUCAGCUUACCUUCCAACUGCCUUCAGAUGAUUGUGGCCAUUCCCGUUUGCUCUCUGACCUUUUAAGUCGCUUCCCUUCAAGCUCGUAGCAAUGUCUAUCGAAUUUCGUGUCCUGCUUUACCCAUUAUUCGGCUUUUCAGUGUCAUUUUCCAGUUUAAAUUUUCAAAAGAGCAGUGAUAGAAGAUGUGUGGAGCUGAAGUGAUUUAAAACACCAUUUCUGACUGCUGUAGUGCCUUACCCGCUACCUUCAGCCUGUGCCGGAGGAAACUAAACAGUGAUCAAAGGCUGUUAACUUCUCCUCAAUUCCAGUCUAGGAAUAUGAAAGCAGAAAACAAGAAAUGAAAUCUCAAGUGCUUUAUUUGUGGAUGUGAUGGCUAAUCCAGCCGUCAACACCUUCACAGCUGUAAAAUCAGCAGAGUAAGUAUACUCGAUGCAGUCCAACAAAUCCUUCAGUACAAAUGGUAGUAAGUAAGUAUGCACUUGCCAAAAUCUGCCACACUUCAGUUACAUUCUGUGAAGCGAUCUUUAGUUUCAGGAAGAAAGAGCUGGGGAAAGGUGGAACAAAUUAGGUGUGUUGUUGCUCGUGCUUUCACCAGAUUUAUGAUUAAAGGACAAAACUCUUUUGCUGUAUCAGAAUAACCUUGUGCUUCUUAGGAUAAGUUGUGGUCUGCUUUCUCAGCUCACUCUAUUACAUAUUGCUUUAUCUUACAGAUAUUUUAUAAAUUCCUUAUCAGUUCCAUGCACAUUUUGCAAUAUUCGUUUUAAAAAUUAGAACACCAAUUUUUCAACUAUUGCGUGUGUAGCAUCAUUUUAAGCAAACUGGCCAUCUUGUGCUUAAGUGUGUGAAGAAAUUAUUGCACAUAAGGAAGAUGUACAUUGAGAAAAACUGAGCCAUUUAGGACAGUUACUGUGUUUCCAAUUCCGUGGUUUUUUAACUGCCUCUUGGAGUUAUUCACUUUUUUUUUUUAAAAAAAGGGAUUAGGGAAAUAAGGAAUAAUGGCAAGCAACAGUACAUAGGAGCUUUAGUGGGGCACUCUAAAUACAGAGUAGUUUCCUUUUACACUUGUGGAUUUCGACACAAACUGGGAUCCCAUAUUACUCCUUCAACAGUGCACAAUUUUCCAAGAAGCGUAUUUAUAACCACCUUCAAGGUCCGGUAAGGGGCUGGAUAAUGGACCCACCUCCUGGGGAGCGAUCUCGGUCUUGGCAAUUGGAGAUUUCUGCUUCAGGCUGAGUGAUAUUGCUCUGCAAAGUGCAAAAAGCAGACACGGAACUCCAACGCUUUCUCAGAUGAAGUGUCGGCGGCCCCAGGGCGGCAGUGCUGGGGGAUGGCCCUCUCUCCCGGCCGGGGCCCCGGGAGUGCCCUGUGGGUCGGGGAUGGAGAACGGAGGUUUUUGGGCGUUCGUCUCUGGUUACGGAGAGAGAGAUGGUGGGGCGGGGGGCUUCUUUUGAACAGUUUUUUCUUCUAGGGAGAUGUCAAGCUGUGCAAAUAUCUUUUGCGGGGACAAGGAAAAGAAUAUUUCUAAAAAAAAAUUAUUAUUAUUAUUGCCUUCUCUUUACGCCUGUCCUCAUCCCUUGAGAUAGGAGGAUGCGUAAGUGUGUGCCUAUACCCUCGGCGCACCUUUCAGCUGCCCCACACCUUACAAGCGAGGCUCCCGCUGUCAGUAAAGCCGGCCAGUCGCACAUCCCAGUUGCUGCCGGGCAGGAGGCUCUGCACCUCUGCUGGAGUUGCUUCACGUUCCUGCACUGGUGCUUCUUUCAGGAGAGGGGAGCUGCCUUUCCAUCCCUCCUGUUCCCUUCUUCUGCCCCGACUCGGACACAGACACACACACACGCACACUGGAGUGCGGGGGCGGCGCGGCCGGUCCUGCCGCGGGCUCGCAGCGCCACCCGGUGUGUGUGCCCCGUCGGCGGCUGGUCCCCCGCAGGGGGACUGAACUGCACAGCCGGGACUGCCUGGGCGAUGAGCAGAGUGGGAACUCUCUCAGGCUACGCAGAGCUUCGUGGUUGACCCGCGUGAGGGUUGACCCGGAGGGUCCCGGCCGCCUCUGUCGUCAUCACACAGGUGGUCGCACCGAGUUCCAGUGUGUCCUUCAAACGCAGGGUGUUUCACUUCAAAUCACAGCCAAUUCUCUCUCCCUAAAGAAGAACUCUCCUAUCCUCUCCUCUCUCCUUGCUCUUCUUCCCCCCAAGCGACACUCCGCGAUGCUCUUUAGGAGGGUGGGCUUAUUUAUUUACAGAGCAAACGGUCCGGAAGUCCCUUCUGCGGUCAGAGAUGCAGCGUCCCGCCUUUACGGGAAAAAAAAAAAAAUCCGUGAAAUCGCCUGGAAAUAACUGAGAUGGAGAAGGUGCCUGCAGCCCCUUAGGCUCUGCCGAGCAUCGACCCGGCGGCUGGGCGAUGGGGAGGCCGGAGAUUCCCGCCGGGACAGACCGAUGUCGUCGUCGCAGAUGAAGAGACGCUGGAAAUGCGAAAGCAGCCACUAGGGCAGGAUUUGGGAUUUAUUUUAAGUGUUUCAUCCCCGACUUCUUUGAAAGCUGCUGGGAGGGGGAGGUGACAGGGUGACGAGGGCUUUUGGCUGAGUUGCUAAACUCAUUCAUGUUUAACGCCAAGUUGCUUUUUCCCCCUCUCCCCUAGUUAUAUUGGAGAAAAUUCAAUCCCGAGAAAACGUUUGGAAGUACUUUCCUAUAUUUUCUGAACUUAGCUUCUCAGGUAGUUCAGGUGUUCCGUUCACUGACUUGUGCUUGCAAAAGGCAGAAAGUGUGUUCCUGACAAUUAAAGUUUCUUCACAUUUAA